GUUUGUUUGUUCAUAUCUCUCUCUAACCUUGCAGAGAGAAUGAGAAGCUUUUUUUUUUGAGCUGGAAUCAGAAGCCUGCCUCUCUCUCUCUCUCUCUCUCAAAGUUCUCUCGAUACCUUUCCAUGGGGUUCCCGGUGGGUUACGCAGAAGUCUUCCUUCCGAAGCUCUUCCUCCACACUCUCACUCUCCUGGGUUUCAUCAGAAACCUCAUUUUCUCUCUCUUCCGCUUACUGGGUCUCUCCGAUUUUCUCGAAACAGACCUCUCUUCCUACGAAAACCCAACUCGAAUACCCGACAACCCGCCCGCAUCAGCCUUCCUGAUCCGAGAACUCCUCCCGGUGGUUGUGAAGUUCGAGGACGUCGUCGCCGGCGGCGGAGAGAGGUGCGCAGUCUGUCUCUACGAAUUCGAGGUGGGAGAGGAGAUUCGGUGUUUGACGAACUGUAAGCAUAUUUUCCACCGGGGAUGUGUGGACCGUUGGAUGGAUUGUGAUCAGAACACGUGUCCGCUAUGUAGGACACCGUUUGUGCCACAUGAUAUGAAAGAUGAGUUUAAUAAACGGCUCUGGGCUGCCUCUGAUGAUACUGAUUUUUAUACCGACUACACUUCUUCGAUUUCGGGCUUGUCAUCUGUUGAAAAUUGACACAUAAUUUAUAGAGUUGUAUAUAAAAACAUUGAAAGAUAGAUCCAGAAUUUUAUUUUAUUUUAAUGUUUUGAUUCUUAUAUAAAGUGUAAUUUUUUUUUAAUAAAGAAAGUGUAUAAUUUUUCA